UGUCCACUCUCUGGGCGGAGCCGGGGCGGUGCGGCUCCCCGGCCCGCUAGGAGGCGGCCGGGCAGAUUUCCGUGCCCCGCGCCGCGGCUCGUACGGGUUCUGUGUUUCCCCAGGCAGGGCCGGGCUUGCGCGGCCGCGAUGAGCUGGGAGUUGCUGCUCUGGCUGCUGGCGCUGUGCGCGCUUCUCGCGCUCGUGGUGCAGCUGCUGCGCUUCCUGCGGGCGGAUGGCGACCUGACCCUGCUGUGGGCCGAGUGGCAGGGGCGACGCCCAGAAUGGGAGCUGACCGAUAUGGUAGUAUGGGUGACUGGAGCAUCGAGCGGGAUCGGUGAAGAGCUGGUUUACCAGCUGUCUAAACUAGGAGUCUCCCUUGUGCUGUCAGCCAGAAGAGUGCAGGAGCUGGAAAGGGUGAAGAGAAGGUGCCUUGAGAAUGGCAAUUUAAAAGACAAAGAUAUACUCAUUUUGCCACUUGACCUGACUGACAGAAGUUCCCAUGAGGCGGCUACCAAAAUGGUCCUCCAGGAGUUUGGUAAAAUCGACAUUCUGGUCAACAAUGCUGGAAGAUCUCAGCGUUCUUUGUUUGUGGAGACCAGCCUGGAUGUCUUCAAGGAGCUAAUAGAGCUUAACUACUUAGGGACGCUGUCCUUGACAAUGUGUGUUCUGCCUCACAUGAUCGAGAGGAAACAAGGAAAGAUUGUUACUGUGAAUAGCCUCCUGGGUAUCAUAUCUGCGCCCCUUUGUAGUGGAUAUUGUGCCAGCAAACAUGCUCUCCGGGGUUUUUUUAAUUGCCUCCGUACAAGUCGUACUGAACUUGCUAUGUACCCAGGUAUAGUAGUUUCUAACAUUUGUCCAGGACCUGUGCAGUCAAAUAUUGUGAAGAAUGCGCUGUGUGAAGAAGUCACAAAGUCUAUAGGCAUUGAUGUAUCCCAGUACCACAAGAUGGUGACCAGUCGUUGUGUGCGGCUGAUGUUAAUCAGCAUGGCCAAUGAUUUGAAAGAAGUUUGGAUUGCGGAUCACCCUUUUUUAUUAAUAGCAUAUUUGUGGCAAUAUAUGCCAACCUGGGCCUGGUGGCUGACCGACAUAUUAGGGAAGAAACGAAUUGAGAACUUUAAGAAGGGUUUGGAUGCAGAUGCCUCUUACUUUAAAACCUGGAAGACAAAACAUGACUGAAGGAGGAGUACUCGCAUUUUUUUUUUUUUUAAGCUACUGGAGGAAGAAUGAAAUCAGCAAUCUUUAUAUACUGAAGACUAACUUCUGAUUUUACUUUUUAAUAGAUACAACUUUCAACAUGUAAUAAAUAAUAGGAGAUUUCCAUGAAUCUUGCAAUAAAGGUAUUAACACAUA